UGGGGGUUGCUGGGCGAGGUUGACAGCUUCCAUAGAGUCCGUUGAAAACAAUCCAGCGGAUUUUCCAUAUGACCUCUGCUUCUCCACCCCAAUCUUCGUUACCGUUUCAAAGUGGAAAAGCGAAGCAAUCGAGUGGAAACGUGGCUCUAAGGACGAGAGUCAGUGAGGCGACCGCCGACCGACCGACCGGUCGUUCGUUCAUUCAUUCCUUGGCAAACAUAUUGGACAGAUUUCAAGAUUUUCCUUUUACAAACACAAACUGUGGCCGAUGCUGUCCAAAUACGAAGUGAUUACGAAACGUGACAAGUUUUGAGCUUUCGAGCCAUGAGCGAGAGAGAAUUCUUCCUUCCCCCAACGACGAUCCACUUGUUAUAACGUUCGAGAAUCGAGAAUUGAGACACGACCCCCACUUUCGCACUUUCGGGAGAAACUUUGGACUUUCCGGCAGGGUGGCUGAUGUCUCUGUUUUUGUCUGAAGUUUUGAGGACUGGAAAAAUAAACUUGUGACAGGUUCAAAUUGCUUUAAGCACCACUUCUGUCGACGAAGACAGCUCCGAGUUCAUUUUUAGAGUGGGUGAGGAUGUGCAGUGUGAUCGAGAUCAAGAACAAUAACGAAUACUACAUCCACUACCACAGCCCAGACUCGCUUGAGCCGUGCAGUAUGGAUCCAGACGACAAUCAUCAGCCAGAGGAGGACCAUCACCAUUCGGAUAAUGAGGAUAAACCAGAGGAAGACAAGGACUGUUCAGUGGGUGAGAUCACCCACAGUCCCCCUACCAAGGAUCCGGGCAAGGCGGAUGAUAAGACCUCGGAUAAGGGCUCCUCAUUAGACGGGGACGAAUCAGAGACACCCUCGUCCCAUAAGUCCACCAAUGACUCGCCCCACUCAUCCCCGUCCAAGCAUUGCUCGGAUGUGCCCAUAACGGUGAACAGUCACAUCCCGGCUCACCCGGCCCGAUCCAGUUCGAUCCCGGUCUUGUCUCGAAAUCGCACGGUGGAAAUUGGAACCCAAAUGGAACGAGAUCAAACCAAGAACCAACGCAAUGACGACCACGACAUCAAGGCUGAGUUGAAGAGGCGUUCCAGCUCCGUGCCCAGCCCCGUGUUGAAGAGCGAUAUCAAGAGCUGGGAUGAGCGUCAACUUGAAAGGGCCCAGUCAAAGAGCAGAGAGCGAGACACAACGUCUCCCUCGAAGAUUCCAAUUAAAGUUGACCACAAAGCAAAAAAGGGCUCACUCUCCGUGAGCUCGUUAUUUGAGAGAUCCGACAAAUCCAAACCAAUCACCCCCCAGGAUAAGCAAGCGAGUAAGCAGAAGUCAAAUUCAAUUUCCAAUUUGAAAAUUGAAAAGGGCAAUAAGCCCCAAAUAUCCACGAAGGCUGCCACUCAGGAGACCAAGAAGAGGGCGGAAGAAGCGAGGAAGCUGGAAAAAUCAAAAGCGAAUGAAAAGAAAAAGCAGAAGAAGGCCCUUAAGGCCACCACAGCCGAGGAAGAGAAAAAGUCCCCCAAAGCUAAGAAGGUAGCUGAGAACACGAAAGAGAAGGCCAAACGUGUCCUGAGUUUUAGACGCUCCAAAAAAGACGAUGCCAAGGACAAAACGAAACUUAGUCCCGAACAUAACGGGCAAGAAAACAAAACGGCCCCUCCCGGCGAUUCCACGGAUGGCCUCAAGAUCCUAGAAACCAGUGAUGGCUAUUUUGUUCUGCCUAGCCCGCGAAGUGAGCCAACAAGUGCCACAUCAAAAGAAUACAACAACCAAGGUGCCAUAACCACCGACCUCCGCCAGUACCUCAACGCAAGAUUUCCCAAAGGAGGAGUGGACCAUGAACUUCAGAAUACCAUCAGAGAUAAUCUUUACCUAAGAACAGUUCCUGUAACCACUCGAACUCCUCGACCCGAGGAACGCCAUGGCACGGAUUACACUUUCUUGUCCAAAGACGAGUUCAUGGCGCUUGAAAAGUCUGGCGAACUAUUAGAGAGUGGAGUCUACGAUGGCAAUCACUACGGAACACCGAAGCCGCCAUCAGAGUCCACAUCGUCUCUCAUUCAUCAGCUUUCCGGUGGAGGAUCUCAAAGCACAGCUGAACACACCCACCAGCAUCAGAGUGGUGGAGCCCACCAAACACAUGCCACGCCCCCUGCCGGGUCUCAAGCAGCUGUGAAUUUCCCAGGUGCUCAUCCCAGCUCCGAGGGCAAAAGACGACGAAACCGCUCGAACGUGGAGGCCAUGACUGCGAAGCAUUUUGAGGCCGAAGACGACCAAGACGAAGACCCGAGUUCCAUGAUGACCUCGGGUUCGGAGCAUCAAAACAGGCUGGGCAUCGGCAAGGACGACAACGAUCGACAAGUCAACGGCCCCGACACGCCCAGUGGAUCUUCAGGCGGAUCUAGCAGCAAGUCCGGGUCCGGCCCACACGGGGCGGAUUCGGGUCAUCCCGACUCGCCCGAAGUUCUCCCACCCGAUGACCCCCCACCCACCGAAGAAUCUCUAGGCCCCCUUCCCCCCAAUUGGGAAAAGGCCUACACGGACAAGGGCGAAGCGUAUUUCAUUGACCACAACACAGGGACCUCACACUGGCUGGAUCCUCGACUCUCUCGGGUUCAGAAGAAACGCCCCGAGGAAUGUGAUGAGAAUGAGUUGCCAUUUGGUUGGGAGCGGAUCGACGACCCUCAUUACGGGACUUACUUCAUCGACCAUGUCAAUCGACGGACUCAGUAUGAGAAUCCAGUGCUUGUGGCCAAAUCUAUGAAUCAAAGUGGAGAUGGUUUGGUGGCUCCGAGCUACGGCAGUGGGACCAUUCGACAAGGACCGGCCCCACCUCCAGCCCCGCCUUUGGCCCCACCCAAUGGACCAGCCGGGACGUUUCCCCGAGUCAAGAAAUCUCAUUCCCCGUUUUUCACCCGGGACCCCAAUCAGCUCCGAGGAGAGCGAAUCCGUUGUCAGCUAGUCAAGUCUGCCCGAGGUCUGGGCUUCACCAUUGUGGGUGGAGAUGACAAUGUGGACGAGUUUCUCCAGAUCAAAUCCGUGGUGCCCAAUGGACCUGCUUGGGCCGACGGAGGCCUCAAGACCGGCGACGUUCUUGUCUUUGUGAACGACACCUGCGUCUUGGGUUUCACCCACCAUGAUAUGGUGACCAUGUUCCAAUCCAUCGCCACGGGGGAUAUAGUGAACCUUGAGGUUUGUCGAGGUUACCCGCUCCCCUUUGAUCCCGAUGACCCGAACACGGAGAUCGUGACCACCGUGGCCGUCACAAGUCCCGAGCAAAACGAAUGGGCCUCCGAAUUGGAACGGCAGCGUCAACAUUACCAAGGCCAACAACCCGCCCCGGAUGCCCAAUCCAUGCCAGACCUGUCCCACCACAACCAAUAUCCGAGUGGGACGAAUCAUCAUCUCCGACCGGGUAGUGCGGAUCUUUUGGGUCAGAAUGACUACGGCGAGAACAGUUCGGAUUUCUCGAGUGAGGUGAAGAAUACGUUGAGUGCGCCGCAAGCGGAUGGAAUGACGAUUCCGAUCACGAAAGGGGGCAUGGGUUUCGGUUUCACGAUCGCGGACAGUGCUUAUGGACAGAAAGUGAAAAAGAUCUUGGAUUGGCCACGGUGCAAGAAUCUGCAAGAGGGCGACGUCUUGGUCGAAAUCAACUUGGUCAACGUGAGAAACAAAUCUCAUAGUGAGGUGGUCCAGGUUCUUAAGGACUGUCCUCGCGGACAAGAGGCUAAUAUUUCAAUUCAACGGGGCCUUCUCUCGCCGAAUACCAAUGGAGCGCCGGGUGGCUUAGGCACGUCCUCUUCGAAUCAGUCCUCCCCUGUGAAGAACAAGUACAAACGGGACAAGUUCACGGCAGACUUCAGUGGGCUGAAACCCAAGUCGGGCAUGCUAUUCCGAAGCAAAACGCCCACCGCCGAGAUAUACGCCACGCAGGAGAAGGAAAAAGUCCCAUUGAGGCCCAAGACACCCAUCGUGGAUACAAGGAACUUCAAUCGCUCGAAAACACCUACGUCCAUGUUCUCGAUUCCGUUCCAAAGGAACGAUGUCACUCGGGCCAGUUUAGGCGUGGCCGGGUCCACCUCCCAGUACGACCCCUAUGGUGGGAUUACCAAUCAAAUGGGUGGACUCAACCUCCAUGACUAUAACCGCUCCCAAAGCCCGGGUCGGGAAUUGGAUGGGAAUUACUACAACCAGGGUGGAAACUACCCCCAACCCGGCCUCGACUACCCAGGUGGCUACCAACCCGAUCCUCUCUACAACACGACGGCGGCGAUGUAUCCGGAGUACAACAACAUCAACUACUCCCAGCAACAAAUGCCAUCGCCCGGCAAGAUGUACGGAGACACAUAUCAAAACUACAAUGGCAAUAGCGCAAACCCCCACUACGACCCAACCUACGGGUAUACGCGAGGGGCACCCCAGGGUGAUAUCCAAGCUUAUCGAGCCGGAUCCUUACCUCGAAACGGAGGCGGGAGCGGAAGUGUGACUGGCCGGAAAGAGAGUACGAGCUUCGAGCACAGCGAACCUCUUCCCGGCGGGCUCACCCGUUGGCCACGGCCGGAGCGCAGGCCCGUUCCAUCCGAGUGCAUCGAGCUGACCGUCACGUUGCAUCGCCAGGACUCUGGUUUCGGCUUUCGGAUCGUGGGUGGCACCGAGGAAGGUUCUCAGGUGUCCAUUGGUCAUAUUGUUCCGGGUGGAGCAGCAGAUGUGGACGGCCGACUCUACAGUGGUGAUGAAAUCAUCGCUGUGGACGGGAGCGCUGUCUUGAACACUUCCCACCAUCAGGUCGUAGAGCUGAUGGGCGAGGCGGCUCAUCAAGGCCGAGUCACCCUCACUGUGCGGAGAAGACUGUUUCAGCACGAUAGCUACGGCCGCAUUCCCGAAAACUAUCCUUAUGAUGUCACGGUGACUCGCCGGGAAAACGAAGGAUUCGGCUUUGUGAUAAUCUCUUCCGUGUCUCGAGCGGGCUCGACGAUAGGUCGCAUCAUCCCUGGUUCACCCGCAGAGCGAUGCGGUCGACUCCAUGUGGGUGAUCGAAUUCUAGCCGUGAACCACGUGGAUAUCAAUUGUUUACACCACGGGGAGAUCGUCAACCUCAUCAAGGACUCCGGCUACUCCGUGGUUAUGACCGUUGGGCCUCCAAUCGACGACACCUCCAGCAACGCUUCCACUUCUCAUCGGAGUUCCACCAGUUCCAUGGUGACGGCUCAAGCCAUGCCCACUGUUUUACCUCCUUCCGAUUCUGCCGGCAGCUCGAUCCACUCCAACAAUGUGGACCCAAGGUCUGUUUCUGUGGGAGCGCCACUGCCUCCCUCCCAGCAACAUUCGGCCACUUACCACCCCCAUCACCCUCCACCACCAUCCUACUUGACCAACAGCAACAACACCUCCUCCAACACCCACCCCCAUCAUCACAUCAGCAACAGUCAAGUCCCGUCCCACUCCUCUUACCAUCACAGCAGUUCCACCACCAACACGGGGUUCCACCCCUCGCCACACUCCAAUAGCAACGGUUCCUAUUCAGGAAUGGGUGGACCUGUGCCACCUCCUCACACAUUGGAGAACUACCAGCAGGAGGAUCAGGAGCUGAAUAUGCUCGAGUUAGACGACCAAUAUUACGCUGUGGAGCUGCAACGAGGAGCUCGCGGGUUCGGGUUCUCAAUUCGAGGGGGUCGUGAAUUCCACUCCAUGCCGCUGUUUGUGUUGCGAAUCGCGGUGGACGGGCCGGCGGCCGCUGAUGGGCGCUUGCGCGUGGGCGACCAAAUCAUCGAGAUCAAUGGCAUCAACACCAAGAACAUGACGCAUGGCGAAGCCAUUGAACUCAUCAAAAGUGGUGGGGCCAUGGUGCGGCUCCUGGUGCGACGAGGCAAGAUGCCUCCAUCUGCAUUAAUGGAGCAAGUUGGUCUGUCGCCAUUGUCACCCACCCCCACUGUAUCCAUGUCAGCCAUGGGGCGGCCCAUGAGUGCCAUGUCACAGCCCUCUCACACCAUGAUGGCCAAUCCGAACGCCUAUCACGCAAACUUGAUCAGUAGCCAUAGCAAUUACAGUAACAAUAACAAUUUUGGCAACGGCUAUUUGCCCCAACAUCCGACGCCACCCACAGGCAACGGCAUGGUGCCCACGCCUUUCACGGCUGCCACAGCCAUGAUACCGAACGGUCAUCUCAACGGUCCCAUGGGCCACAGCUCGCCAAGAAUGGCGUUCCCACCCCCUGGAACGGCGGGCGUGGUGCCCACCUCGAGCGCGUCUAGCAAUGACCAAUACAAUUGGUACAAUCAACAGAACAACCUGUACCACAAUCACCAUUAAACAUCGCAUAUUGUCUAAAACAUAUUCAACAAUUCCUCAUCUGAAAGGAAUGUUCGGAAUGCCGAUUUUGAGAUUAUAUAUCUAAGUCUCCCAAGAAACCGAUCUUCUCGGAGUGACCGUCUUCAAAACCUAGUACAAACACUUCACGUAGAAGAUGGAAGCCCUGAGGGUGUCAAACUUGUGGACUCAAAAACAGAAAGGGAAAAAAGGAAGAUCCCUCGUUCCAAUACCGCCAAAUUUUUGCCAAUUCCUCUUCAUCGCCCGGAGAACCGGUCGAGAAGUGACCACCCUUUGCAAAUGAGAUGUGACAUACAUACAUUUCUAUUCUUGUAAAAACCUCAAUUGGAAAUCGAUAAUAAUGAUUAUUGAUGAAGAAACCAACAACUACACAAUCACCCAACCAAACACCCGCCCACCCACCAAGCCCCUCCUCCCAAAUUUUGUCUGGCCUGGCUGAAGCAUGAACUUAGUUACCGCAACUGAUCCAUGCGGUGGCGAUCGGAGAGACGCAUCAAGCUUCAUCACGAUGGCUAUGACAAGGUUACUACGACCUUCUUCCUCUUGUCUUUCUAAUUCGUAAAUUUUGUGGCGAAGUGAGAAAGAUUUAUCAUUGACAAUUUCGCAAGAAAUGUUAUUACUACUAUUAUUAUUAUCAUUAUUAUUCAUGAAUAAAUAAAAGUAAAUCUACGUUGA